CAUGGUGCUUUACCACGACGUGUCUUGCUUCUGUGACGUCACAGAACAUCUCGGUUUAUGAGAGAGAAAAAGAACUUUGAGCUUUAAGAUAUUCACUGAACUUUGUGCGAUUAAGGUGAUUAUUGUGGUUGUUCUGAUCAAGAGAGAAAAAUGAAUAAGUUUUUGAGUGCACUUGGCGCUGGUGUCGUGGACGUUCCUCUGCGCCCCCUGCUGUACACGGCCGGAGCUGCAGCCACCGCAGCCGGCAUUUAUUAUCAUGUGAAACGAGGCGAUGGAAAGAAAACAUCAUCAUCAGACCCCGAGGUCACAACUGAAGACCCAGUGUGUGACCGGGCCACGGAACCGGCUCUGCUCCAACUCACAGAGGUUCCUCAGGACCAGCUCAUGGACACUGUGACUGAGGCUGAGGAGAAGACUCAGAAGCUUCUGGUGUCCAAUACUCAGCUGCAGGAGAGAGUGAGGGAGCUGGAGGAACUGCUCUGUGAGGCACGCAGAGAUGACAUGAAAAGCAAGGCCUCCCUGACUGAAGCGGUGGAGAAACACCAGAAGGCUGAGGAGACCAUCACUCAGCUGCAGAUGGAGAAGGCUGACCUGACCAACCAGGUGGAGACACAGCGAGGAAAAAUGCAGGACGUGGAGAAGCUGCUGUCUGAGACUCACAGGAUGUUUGAUGAUCUAAUGAAUGAGUAUCAGAUGAAGAACGAUGAGAUGAAAAAGCGUCUGAUAGACGCAGAGGAGAUACUGAAGUUCUCCAUGACUGAGGCUGAGGAGUCCAUCACUCAGCUGCAGAUGGAGAAGGCUGACCUGACCAACCAGGUGGAGACACUGCAAGAGACAGUGCAGUACUUGGGGAACCUCCUCAAUGAGACUCACAGGUGCUCUGAUGAUCUAAUGAAUGAGUAUCAGAUGAAGAACGAUGAGACGGAGAAGCGUCUGAUAGACGCAGAGGAGAUACUGAAGGCCUCCCUGACUGAAGUGGAGAAGAAACACCAGAAGGCUGAGGAGACCAUCACUCUGCUGCAGGUGGAGAAGGCUGACCUGAAAGAUCAUGUGAAGACACUGCAAGGAAGAGUGCAGGACAUGGGGAACCUGCUCACUGAGACUGACAGAGAGUGUGACAUGCUAAUGAAUGAGUGUGAGUGUGAGCGAGAGGCUUACAGCAACCUCAAGUCCGAGUACGAGGAGAUGAAGGAGACUCUCAUCAACAAGGAGGAGAUACUGAAGGCCUCCCUGACUGAAGCGGAGGAGAAACACCAGAAGGCUGAGGAGACCAUCACUCUGCUGCAGGUGGAGAAGGCUGACCUGACCACCCAGGUGGAGACACUGCAAGAGACAGUGCAGGACUUGGAGACCCUGCUGUCUGAGACUCACAUCUGGGCUGCUGCUCUAAUGAAUGAGUAUCAGAUGAAGAACGAUGAGAUGAAAAAGCGUCUGAUAGACGCAGAGGAGAUACUGAAGGCCUCCCUGACUGAAGCGGUGGAGAAACACCAGAAGGCUGAGGAGUCCAUCACUCAGCUGCAGAUGGAGAAGGCUGACCUGACCAACCAGGUGGAGACACUGCAAGAGACAGUGCAGUACUUGGGGAACCUCCUCAAUGAGACUCACGGGUGCUCUGAUGAUCUAAUGAAUGAGUGUGAGUGUGAGCGAGAGGCUUACAGCAACCUCAAGUCCGAGUACGAGGAGAUGAAGGAGACUCUCAUCAACAAGGAGGAGAUACUGAAGGCCUCCCUGACUGAAGCGGAGGAGAAACACCAGAAGGCUGAGGAGACCAUCACUCAGCUGCAGGUGGAGAAGGCUGACCUGACCACCCAGGUGGAGAGACUGCGAGAGACAGUGCAGUACUUGGGGAACCUGUUCACUGAGGCUCAGAUGGAGUGUGAUGAGCUAAGAGAUAUUUUUUCACAGAAACAUGGCGUAACUUUUAGAUCCCAGGAGGCAAGUGUUUGAGACAGAAGACAGUGAGAACAGAAAUGGAUCCUCAGCAGAAUCAACAUGACGGGGGAAUGAGGGGUGAAAAUAAGAACGUAACAUAACUUACAGUUUCUUACGAUCGCUAUGACAAUUUUAAAAAUACUUUUAACAAUUUUCAUAAACUCUUAACGCACCGACACACCCACAACACACAACUGGCAAAACGGUUCAUUACAUGCUCGAGAUCACACUGUAAACUAAACUCCAACGCUAAUUCUCAAAAUACAAUAAUACACUAACACAUUACACUAUGUCUACCAAAACACUGCAAACACGUCUGAAAAUCAAAUCAUCUUCUUAUCUGCCUGGCUUUCUGCGUUUGGCCACAUGUUCUCAUCCACGUCACACCUGAUCCAGGAGGGACAUUUGGUGUCCCUGUGUUUAGCUAGAGUCCGAGAAAUGGGUGUUACGCCGAUUGCUGCAACGUUCCCAAAGACGAGGUUGUCCUCUACAACUCUGUCCUUCUGUUUCAUUUCAUUGUCAGCAGUCACCAUGUGGACAAUAGCAAGUUCCUGUUCUUCAUUUAGUAGGUAGACAUUGAAUCCUUAGAGAGACAGAAUGCCGGUUUAGAACAUGAUGUUACCUGUUCUGACGUACAGCGUGAAAGCAUUGGUCAAUUUGGCAGUAAAAAUGCAUUGUUUUGGUCUCGAUUGAGCUCGUGUGUAAAAGAAGCAUUUUAAAUUUGUGUGAACUAUAUGCAUUUUGUGUCAAAGCAACAAGAAAUGUGUUAAUUGUACAGCCUACACAGACGGGUGUUGUGCUAAUUGUGGGUGGGUGUAGGGGCGGCUGUGGAUCAGGUGGUAGAGCGGGGUGUACACUAAUCGUAGGGUUGGCGGUUCGAUUUCCGGCCCAAAUGACACCACAUGCCGAAGUGUCCUUGGGCAAGACACUGAACCCCAAGUGCCUUGCAUAGCAGCUCUGCUACCAUUGUGUGUGUGUGUGUGUGUGUGUGUGAGAGAGAGGGUGAAUGAGACACAGUAUAAAGCGCUUUGGAUAAAAGCGCUAUAUAAGUGCAGACCAUUUACCGUUUAACUGUGUUAAGAGUUUAGGAAAAUUGUUAAAAGCAUUGAACAAAUGGUCAUAAUGGUAAAGACCUGGAAUCAGAUCAGUACGGUUCAUACUGUUGAAUUUAUCACUUUUUUUCACCCUUUAUCGCAUUUUUCACCCUUCGUACGUCAUAAGCUACAAGAAAAAAUACAACCAAGAAAUCAACACAAAGACUUUGACAAUCCCACAGAAAGAAAUAUGUGUAUUUAAGAAAAAUGUUUGUUUUUAGAUGUGAAUAAUAAAUGAAUGAAUAAAUGUUUUUGUCUGGACCAGUUCAUAUCAUCUCUCUCCAUAGAGACGAAUUAUUUUCUUUCUUCACUAAUUGCUCUUCCAUGAGUACUUUUUAGUCACUCCUUGCUGCAUUUAGCAAUGACUUGUCCUUCAAAAGGACUGAAGGUCGGCACAGGACAGGCCGAAGUCGAGUGAGAUCAGGAGCUCGGUCCUCAUGAGCUCCAUAGAGCACUGGUUAUGGACAUCACUCCAGUAAUUUGCCAUCUUGGAGAAGAUUCUCUCCACAAAACCCUGCUGAGACCAGUACACUCAGGAUGUAGGAGAUGAUUGACAGCAUAUUUGGGAAAUACAGCCCUC